AUGAGAAGAUGUGGUCCAACACCAGCUUUGACUAUCUUCGUCGCUUACGCUCCAACAUCAAGCUACGAAAAAGGAGAAAUCGAAGCUUUCUAUAUGGACCUGGAGAAGUUCUACCGAGAAUAUCAUGCCUCCUACAAGGUCAUAAUUGGCGAUUUCAACGCCAAAGUUGGCCCAAGAAGAACGCCGGAGGAACUACACAUCGGGACCUACGGCCUACAAUGGAAUGGCCAGGGGGAGAGGCUCUCCGAGUUCAUCAUGACGAAUAAGACCAUCCAUAGGAACUCGCAAUUCCAGAAGCCCUCCUCUCUACGCUGA